UGAAUGCGGCUUAAAGACAUUGACACAUCGUACGUUUCGAAGUUGCCAUGUUCGAUGUGCGAAUUCGUCUUACUGCCCCUUGUUAUCGAUCGAACAAAAAAAAAAUUUCUCUUGUCGUAGUCAUAUACAACGCAGACAGAGAAACAGAGAGAAAGUGAUUGUGACUCAGAACAGAAAAAAAACAGAAAUAAUUCGUCAUUUGUGAACGUAAAAACGCACGGAAUUUUUUGAAAUUACGUAUUAACAUUUUGGUGGAAACGUUUCAAUAAACAAAUAGAAGAUAAAAUGUCUGAUAACGAGCAGAAAGCACUUCAGUUGAUGGCUGAAGCUGAGAAAAAACUUACAACUACAAAAGGAUUCUUUGGCUCAUUGUUUGGUGGUGGCUCAAAUCGACUCGAUGAAGCUGUGGAAUGUUAUCAACGGGCAGCGAAUCUGUUCAAGAUGUCCAAAAAUUGGUCGCAAGCUGGAAAGGCCUUCUGUGAAGCAGCCAACUUGCAUUCGAAGGCUGGUAGCCGUCAUGAUGCUGCCACCAAUUACGUGGACGCUUCGAAUUGCUACAAGAAAACUGAUGUACAAGAAUCGGUUAACUGCUUGCUGAAAGCAAUUGAAAUCUACACGGAUAUGGGCCGUUUCACCAUGGCCGCCAAACAUCAUCAAACCAUUGCUGAAUUGUAUGAGGGCGAAGCAAAUGAUUUGUCACGCGCUGUCCAACACUACGAACAAGCUGCCGACUACUUCAAAGGCGAAGAAUCAACCAGUUCGGCCAAUAAGUGCAUGUUAAAAGUGGCUCAGUAUGCUGCCCAACUCGAAGACUAUGAGAAAGCCAUUCAAAUCUAUGAACAAGUUGCCAGCUCAUGUUUGGAUAGUUCGUUGUUGAAAUACAGCGCCAAGGAGUACUUUUUCCGUGCUGCUUUGUGUCAUCUCAGUGUGGAUUUGUUGAAUGCCCAGCACGCUCUUGAAAAAUAUGCACAGCAAUAUCCGGCGUUCCAAGAUUCACGCGAAUACAAAUUGGUGAAGACACUUUGCGAGCAUUUAGAAGAAACAAACAUUGAAGGAUUCACCGAUGCGAUCAAGGAUUACGAUAGCAUUUCGCGGCUUGACCAGUGGUACACCACAAUUCUGUUACGAAUCAAGAAACAAUACAAUGAAGAUCCCGACUUGCGAUAAAUUGCCCAUCGAUCGACUUUGUUCGCAGUGCAAAACAGCAUCAAUUUAAAGUUUUACCAGGCGUUAGUUGCAAAGCUAAUCACAUAUUAAUUAUGAUUAAUAGACAUGAGUAAGAAUGAAAUAAAACACACCGGAAGAAAUUAAUUAUAUGCAAUUGAUGGGAAGAAAAAUAACAAAAUAUGAAAUAGAAUAAUUGGCAUAAUCGUAAAUGGCAAAUAGAUAUGAAUUUGGAAAAUCCAACAGGAUCUUGAAAAGUAUAAAUGUUAAAAUUCCGUUCACGUUAUAAAAUACAACAACAACAACAACAGCAACUAAAAUAAAAUCAGAAAAUAAAUAAAUACAAAUAAAAUGAUACCAUCAAUUCAGUAGACGGUUAUAAUAGUUCGUAAUGUAUUAAACAUAUAACAAUCUCUAAUUUUAUGCUUCAACUUUAUUUAUACAUAUUCAUUGUUUAGGAUAUAUCAAAAGACAGACGUAAUGUUCAUAGAAUAUUUUCUUUCGGUUUUUGUGAUUGUCCAAAAAAAAAAAAGAAAACUAUUUGUUAUUGGAAUCGGAUGAAGGUCAGCAUUGUGAUGAGCAUUUGCCGGAGUUUGCUGCAUUCAAGAGUACUGCUAUUCCAAUUGGCAAAUCACUUAAAAAAACGUAAGUGAAUCUUUGUGCAAAUGCCAUCCAGGAAUUUUGCACACAGAAAAAUAUGAAAUUUUUUUAUUUUGUCUUCGAUAUGUUUGUAAAUGAUUUUCAAAUGAAAAUACGUAUCUCUAAACUAAAUACAGAAAAAAAUAUAAUAUAUAUAUAAUUUCCUAAUAGAUAAAUUCACGAUUCAAUAAAAUUACCAAAACUUUAGCACGUUUCAAAAUUAUCUUAUAACAACAACAUUCAUCCGCAAACACUUUUAUUGUAUAUCUAUUUAAAGCAACAACAACAAAAAAAUCUAUAACAAAAUAUGAUCUAAAAUAAUGGCGACACGCAAAUAGUUAGUAAGCAUGCUGAAUUAAAAGAAAAACAUGGAUUUGUAGUUCCGUCUAGUCAUGCACUGCACUGCACAGCGAUUCUUAACUGUGAACGAAAUACCGUUUUGCAAUUCAUUUAUGAGACAUUCCCGCACACAAUUCAGUGCAUCAAACAGAAACACAUUUUUACUAAUCAAAGUAGCUAUUUCGUGAUGCUAGAGGAAAAAAACCCAUUUCAUAGAGCCCAAUAAAAAAAAUAGACAACCAAUGAAUCAUUUGUACUAUGCAAAUAGAGUGUACCACCUGUUUUUUUCCUAAUUGUCUCUUUGAAUCACAUCAAAUUGUCAGCCACAUAAAUGGAAAACCAUGCAAAAUACCCCAAAAAAACCUUAAUAAAUUGAACGUAGAUUGUAAGGACAACGAAUUGAGUAAAAAUUGCAAACAGACAGGCAUCGGAUGAUAACAUAGUUUAUUUGUUUUAUUUAAAUAAAGAAACUUUCAUAACACUAA